AUGUACAGCUACAUAGAACCCACGCAUGAGGUCAUUCAAGAACUUCAUCGAGAGCUAGAGACAGCACGCAACCAGCUACAACUCGCCGCUAUCCGUGAACGUGAGCUUGAUGCCACCAUUGCUUCCCAGGCCGAGGAAAUCGAAAGGCUAAAGGAGCUCAGCGGAGCACCUCGAAGCAACAGUGGACUAGCUGGACAGGGAGAAGACCGUAACUCAAAUUCAACUGCCGGACCCGUGGUGGGACAUCUCGGACGACUGGUUCUAGGGGAGGACAAUGCCGAAUUCUUUGCGGGCUCUACCACCGGGGUUCAUUUCAUCCUGUCAGCACAGCAACAAUACCAAGCUGCAUUUACGUCGCGUGAAUACUUCCCAGAAUGCCUGUUUCGACUUCAUGUGCUUCAGCCUACUCAUAUACGUGGUGCCUCAACCGGGGAUAUUUUCCCGGAUGGAAGAGCUGGUGAUGUAUUUGGCUCUGUUGCAAAUGGCUAUAAGGCACAAUGCGACUACAUUCGCAAUCUUGGGGCGCCUGCUAUUCGUGGGAUAUUUGAGAGGUAUCUACAGAAUUGGGGAUCUUUGUACCCUGUUUUGCUAUCAAAGCAAUUCUUCGAAACCCUGGAGGAUGUGAUGACCAAUUCGUCACUCUUGUUAGUUGAUCGACGGCGAACCGUGCCAUUUUUACUCCAAGUUUAUGCUUUGAUGGCAAUCGACUGUGGAAAGGGUGGCAAUAGUUCAUGUCUAAGCCCUGCUCACUCAUUGGACUACAAUAACAUUAUGAGCAGCUUGUAUACUCGCAUGCCCUGCCGUGGAGAUCUUCCCAGUCUACAGGCUAUCAUUAUCUAUCUGCUUUAUCUCCGAACAACUUCGCAACACUCGCUAGCGAUUAGGGUCUGUGGGACAGCGGUCAGAUUGGGCCAAUCACUGGGACUACAUCGCCACUCGAGACGCUUUAAACACCCGCCUGGUGAAGCCGAACUGCGGAAGCGCCUAUGGUGGGCCGUGUUUGCUCUUGAUAUACAUUCGAGCACCAUAUAUGGACUUCCCAGGACUGUCCAGUUAGCAGACACUGACACUGAUCUCCCAAUCAACACGGAUUACGACGACCUAUACUGCGAUCAACUUUCUUACCCCCUACCCGGCGAAACCACCACUGUUGAGCCCUUUCUUCAUCACGUCCUUGUGACCCAAAUUCUCUCUCGGUGCCUCGAGCAGAUGUAUACUACUACAAAUCGUCGUGGCGGCGUUGCAAAAGUCCAUCGACUUCAACGAGAGAUAGAGGUGUGGAAGCAGAAUGUCCAGUCGGCCUUACCUGGCCUAGCACUCAUUCAGCAGGAAAUCGACACCAAGCGCGAUAACAUUCAUAAUAGCAACAACAGCGCAAUCCUGCCAUCGCAGUAUCUCGAUUUUAGCUCACUAUGGCUUUUCAUGUUGGGUGAACUCACCGUCAUAUUAAUACACCGCCCCGCUUUGACCUUUGGACCCCAGGAGCCGCAGUUUGUUGACAGCCUACAAUCAUGCGUGGAGUCGGCAACGAAUCUAAUAUUGGCAUUCGAGUAUGCACAGUCGGAAUACCCAAUCACACGCUUGUGGCCGCUGGGAUAUCAUAUCAUCUUCCAAAGUGGGCUGACGCUCUUGUACGAUCGGUGGUUCGAGGACCUCCCCCGAUCGUCUCGAGCUGCAAAAAAUGUGCCUAACCUGGCGCCUCUCAUCUGCACCACCGUUAACGUUCUAUCAAAACAUGCAACGUUCCUAGAUGAAGCAAUGGUGUCGGGGGCCACGAAUGUUUCAUCUGCAACAGAAACUAUGCGAACACUCCGACAAACAGCUUCGUACCUCCACCGUCUGUUCACCCAAACCAUCGACAAGGAGUCUCAAUUCAUCGGUCACAACCAUAUUCCAGGUAUCACGGCGGAAUCACCAAAUGAGAUUAGGUCGGCUCUUCCAGACCUUGACAUACUCGAAAGCAUGGAACGGCCAACCCUCCCCGAAUACGCCGCGUCGAUGUGGCCACCGCUGUCCAUCGAUGAGAUAAACCAGAUGGAAGAAACACUUAACCAUAACUGGAAAUCUGCUCCUCGCACUCUGCGUCUUGUCAAUCGAAAGCUGGCUGAAAUUGAGCGACGGAGAUUCUCCAAAUCAAGCAAUUAUGCCCUGGACGUCAUGCUCGUCAACGAAACAGAACUUUGGCCAACAUGGACUUCUCUCACACCUCCAUGUGAAAAUGUCAACAAACUGGAAGCGACUUUUCGCAUCAUUGGUACCGGCCCAACAUCAGAUGUGCGCAAGUUCUUUCUUCCUUGCGUCAUUGGUGGGCCCUCAAUUGUCUGGUGUUUCUUUUAUCUGUUCGAGAGAUUUCUCCAAUAUGGCCCUCUUGCGGAAAAUCCGGAAUUUAACCCACCAGUCUCCGAUAGACACCCGUUUACUAUCAAUGAGUUGACGCUCAACGUUGAGACUCCGAAUGGUAUGAUAUUCUCCCCGAGGAUGAGUUAUGAAAACUGGUUGGACAUCCGCGAUGAUGAUCACCCUUACACCCCAUAUAUAUGGGAUCCUAAAAUGGUCGAAAAACCUAUGAUGCGACCUGCAUGGUUGGUCAGUUUGAUAAGCGAUUAUAUCGGGUAUGCACUGGACAUGGAAGACCGUUUCCUGAAGAAGUUUGGACAUAUCUUGCACAAAUGCAUUGGGACUGUCCGGAUCUGUUUGGAUAGGUCUCUGGUCAAAGUCCACGCUGUCGACCGUCGCCUGAAGGAGUAUGUCGAUAAAGAAAGACUCGAGGCUACUGGGACCCUAUCUGGGAUCAUAGCCGCACCGGCGUUCGAAGCAGAUGUAUUGAACAUUUAUGAAAAAAAGGAAGAAAGCUGGGUUGCCGGUGAUUUAUUGAAAGUUUAUCGAUGCAUGCCUACGCCGCUAGAUGGAUAUUCUAUACAGCGGAAAUUAUUUUUGAUUUUGGGAGAAGAACGAGAAACCGACCUACCGGUUGCUCUAGGCCCCGAGCUUCCUAUACCAGGUCGAGGAUUGCAGGAGGCUCUGUGGCUAUGUGUCUUUAAGAUACUCUUGAUCAAUGUUACAGAUGGGGAAUUCCCGAACCUGAAAGGCUCGCCGUCCAUGAGUGCUGGAAAUAACCCAGAACUGGACCAAGCUGCCUUUGAGAGGGGAGGCAAAGCAGUAGAGUCGUGGAUAAACCCAGAAGCGGAAGAUUUGCGAAUCCUCUUAAAAGGAAUGCGACCCAGUUGGGGGUGGAAUGGUCGGACGAAUGGACCCGCGGAUAAUUUCAUAUCGGCUUGUGCGUCCUGUCACUCUACCUCGCAACUUGGCGGAAAUGACCAGGACAUCAUGACCCCGCCAGUGCGUAAGCUAGGCGAUGGUACGCGCACCCCUAAAGACGACAAGGAAACCAUGAAGUGGUUCGACAAUAUACCAUUUGGUCAGCCUUUUACGCCCGGCACUCCACCCGGCGACUACUUUCUCCAGUUGAUGAUUGGAUUCCAUAACUAA